UCAGCUGUCAACGCCCUUUGCUCGCCCCUCUUUUUCAUCUCCUGGGUAUAAAUCAACAAACAACCACUGGAGAGGGCAGAGGGCAGGAGAGGAGACUGCGCCUGGGACAUCUCUACGGGGAACCAGUUAAUGACCGACCAAGAUCAACAGAUUCAGAGGGGAGUUCACAAGUGUGCAGCCUGGAAAGCAGAUCCAUUUGGGCUACGCGAGGAUGAAAAGGCUGAUUGUGCUGUGCUUGGGCCUUCUGGCCCUGGUUGAUGCUAGCCAGUCACCCAUCCAGCAACAGGCUGUGGACCUAUUGCUGGACUUCUUCCACAGCAGAAACCUUGUGCGGUCAGUGUUCAAGGAACAAGCCGUGACCGAUGUCAUCGAAGAGGUGCUCAAUAUGGGGACCUUUGUCCAACUGCAGGUUGAACUUGCACAGACUCACUGCAGGAAACAGCAACGGAGGACACACAGCUGCCACAUCAAGGCGGGCGGGAGAAGGCAGACGUGCCUGGCUUGCAUCAAAUUUGGCUCCACUGACCCUGAAAGCGUGUUGGACAGAUCAUUGCACUGCCUGUCAGAUCAGAGCCCAGUCUUCCAGGAGGUGAAGAGGAGGCACAAUCAGGAGUGUGAAAACGUCAAGAACGCGCACGAGGAUCGUUACCUGCCCGGCAGGUUUGCCUUCUCCAAAGGGCAGCCAAGCUAAUGCUCCCAUGAGCAGACUGCAUGACGGGCCGCCAUGUUGAACAGGCUACUCCUUGACUAUCGAGAAAAGAAGCCGCUGUCCUCCUAAUAGAAACAAGCAGGACGCCCACCAGUUUGGGUCUCAGCACCGUAAGACUGGGACCACUGGUAACAGAGGAGCCUGCUUCCGAAGCCCACGCUUUCCCUUAAGCCAACUCUCCUUCUGUCGCUUUUUAUUCCUACAUAAUAAAAAUGGGUCACGGAGGCUUCA